CAUCCCCAAGUCUAUAAAUUUUAAUGCAAUGAUGCAAGUGAAUUUGCAUUAUCAUCACAAGGCUAGCUUGACAUUUCUUUUGUUUCUUCGAUUUAUCUUCGAGCCUUAUUCAAUAAAUUUUCAUUAACAAUGUCUCUCUUUUACAUUGGAAUUCUCGCUAAUUUGUCAUAGGCUACUUCAGAUUCGAGAGCGAGGAAAGGUGUGUAUAAAAGGGAGCUGGUGGGUCUGUAUUCGGCUUGCAAUCCAAGGGAGGUUGGUAGAAAGAGCUUUGCAGAAGUUGGUGGGAAAUGAGCUAGCCUUACACAGAACUUGCGUUACCGAUUGCAAAGGUUAUAGGAACUUAGCUUGUGAGGACUUGAAUAUUUUUGCAGUCACCCCGAUAAGCUUAACUGGAUCAGAAAAGGUUCAAACUUGGGGUGAUAUUCAUUUACAACUUAAGGUUUUGAUAUCAUGUCUGAGGAAGGUGCUUUGCAGCCAGUUGGUCUGAGAAAGCCAAAGAUACCACUCUCUGUUUUUUUUAGAGAUGCAAGACGUGUUUUCAAAAAAGAUGAACUUGGUUCGGAGAUCAUAAGGAUUGCAUUGCCUGCAGCAAUGGCUUUAGCUGCUGAUCCCGUUGCCUCCCUGAUUGACACAGCCUUCAUUGGCCGUCUAGGUCCAGUGGAAAUAGCUGCUGUAGGUGUUGCUAUUGCCAUAUUCAAUCAAGCCUCAAAAGUCACCAUAUUUCCAUUGGUUAGUAUAACGACUUCUUUUGUAGCUGAGGAAGAAACUCUUCAAAGAAAUUGCAUAGUUGAAGCAGAAAAGGCUAGGGACUUGAAUAAAGAUGCGGAAAGUGGUAAAGCAAAAGAGUUGCCUGGUGAUGAAAUGCUCGAGAACUUGGAAAAAGGUUCAGCCACAAACAAUGAAAAGAACAUUGAAAAGAAAGAUUCAGUGCCGGGGGAUGAUUGUAAGGCAACCACAAGCAAGACUACUACUCUUACUGAUACCAAUAGUGUUGAGCCCAAACGAAAUAAAGAGAGGUUGCAUAUCCCCUCAGCGUCGACAGCAUUAAUUGUUGGUGGAAUUCUUGGUCUAGUGCAAGCUAUAUUCCUCAUAGUUGGGGCAAAACCUGUCCUGCAUAUUAUGGGUGUGAAAUCUGAUUCGGCGAUGUUAACCCCUGCAAGGAAGUACUUGACGUUGAGAGCACUAGGUUCUCCAGCAGUUCUUUUGUCACUGGCGAUGCAAGGUGUCUUUCGAGGCUUUAAAGACACAAGAACCCCUUUAUAUGCCACUGUUAUAGGAGAUUUAACAAAUAUCGUCUUAGACCCGAUAUUUAUCUUCGUCUUCAACUGGGGUGUCAGUGGUGCAGCCAUUGCCCACGUCCUUUCUCAGUACUUGAUUUCACUAAUUCUCCUGUGGAGGUUGAUGAAGAAAGUUAAUCUUUUACCCCCAAGUGUUCAAGAUUUGCAAUUUAGUCGGUUCCUCAAAAAUGGCUUUCUGCUGUUAGCUCGAGUUGUAGCAGCAACAAUCUGCGUGACCUUGGCAGCAUCAAGGGCUGCUCGACUGGGUUCAACAACUAUGGCUGCAUUCCAAAUUUGCUUACAAGUUUGGUUGACAUCCUCCCUUCUUGCUGAUGGCUUGGCAGUUGCCGGACAGGCAAUUAUUGCUUGUGCAUUUGCUGAAAAGGACUACCAGAAGGCAACAACUGCUGCGACCCGGGUGUUACAGAUGAGUUUUAUUCUUGGUCUUGGGCUAGCUGUGUUUGUUGGACUUGGUCUGCACUUCGGUGAUGUAAUUUUUUCAAAAGAUCCUGAUGUUCUUCAUAUUAUAGCCAUCGGCAUCCCGUUUGUUGCUGCUACACAACCCAUCAACUCGAUAGCUUUUGUCUUUGAUGGUGUAAACUUUGGAGCAUCUGAUUUUGCUUACUCUUCAUAUUCCAUGGUUCUGGUGGCCAUAGCAAGCAUUCCAGCCAUUUUUGUUCUCUCUAAAACUGGUGGAUUUGUUGGGAUUUGGAUUGCUUUAACCAUCUUUAUGGGGCUACGCACAUUUGCUGGUGUAUGGAGGAUGGGAACUGGAACUGGACCAUGGCGCUUUCUCAGAGGGCGAUUGUUGACCUAGGACAUGAAAACCUCGGGAACAUCUGUGUAGUGGCGGCAUAUUUUUGCCCUUGGACACCUUUUUCUUAUGAGAGGACUCUGUUUGUUUGGUAUAGUGGUUAUUAUUGUGGUUGUAAUUUUAAAAAGAUAGUUUAA